AUGUCAUUCAAUUUUGAAAAUAACCAACUAAACCAAUUAAAUCAAAUCAACCAAAUAUCCCAAUUCAACCAAAUAAACCAGCUAAACCAGCUAAACCAGCUAAACCAAUUAAAUCAAUUUAACCAAAUAAACCAAUUCAACCAGUUCGCCCAUCUAAAUCAAUUAAACCAACUAAACCAGUUUGGUCAAUUAAAUCUGUCUCAGCAAUUAUUAAACUUUAACCAGCAGCAGCAACAAUCUCAAGUACAACAGGCGCAACAGGCUCAAGUUCAACAAGCACAAGCACAAGCUCAAGCUCAAGCUCAAGCACAGGUUCAAGCUCAAGCACAGAACGCUAAAGCCCAGAACUCACAAGUGCAACUACAACAAAUCGUUCCUAACAUUGCCAUUUUUGCUAACCCAAAUCAAAAUAUAAUCCUACACCAAAACUCUCUACAGCCUCAACAAUUUAUACAAAACCCUCUUCCUCCUCCCCAAGUUCAACUACACUCCCAGACUCUUCCUCAAAAUCAACAACAGCUGCAGGAACACCAAUCCCAAAACCUGCCUGACCAAUUUCACCCCCACCAACAAGAACAAGAACAAUCCUUGCAACAAACCACCCCACAACUCCAACAGGACAAAAACUCUCCCCAGAACCAGCAAUUAUUGCACGAUAGAAAUAAUAACCAACUCCAUAUACAACCAACUCCCAUCCCUCAAAAUGUCUUGAUUCCUCAAGCCCAACCUCCUCAUCCUCAAUUAAUGAUUUCUGCUCAGCUAUCUGGUUUGGGAAUCCAACCAAAUCAAUUUGUACCGCAACAAAAUUUAUCCUUUUUAUUUCAACAGCAACAGCAGUUAAUCCAAGCUCAAGCUCAAGCUCAAGCUCAAGCUCAAGCACAGGCGCAGGCGCAGGCCCAAGCUCAAUCACAACCCCAACCCCAACCCCAACCUCAACCUCAAUCUCAAUCUCAAUCUCAACCAGUACAACCGCGGGUCGAAGCCCAACCCCAACCUCAAAUAAGUCCGCAACCUCAAAUCAAUUCUCAAGCUCAACCCCAAUCCCAAACUCAGGCUCAGGCUCAAUCCCAAUCCCAAUCUCAAGCUCAAGCUCAAAUUCAAGCUGCUCAGAUUGCUCAGGCCCAGCAAUAUAUCAUCCAGCAUCCAAAUAAUGCUACAACUCAACAGCUAAUUCAAAAUCAACUAAAACUAAUUCAAAUGAAAAAUUCGCCUCAAAAUUCAAUCCAACUAAUUAACCAAAGACUACUCCUAAUAGGAGAACAACAAAAACAACAAGAAUUCAAUUUGCAACACCAACAACUACAAAGAAUCAACAUGCAACAACAAAUUCAACAAAAUAACUCAAACGAAUCAAUUCAAGAGCAAAAACAAAAACAGUUUCAAUUCCUACAGCAGCAACAACAGCAACAACUCAAUUAUCAAUUUCAGCUACAAUUACAAAAACAAUUACAGGUUCAAAAGUAUCAACAACUUCAAUUAUUAGCUACUCAACAACAAGCCCAACAGAAUCAACAGAAUCAACAAUUUCAAGCUUCUCCAUCAGCUGAACAAGAACAACAACAGCAACAAGAACAACAACAGCAACAAGAACAACAACAGCAACAACAAAAACAACAGCAACAACAACAACAACAGCAACAACAACAGCAACAACAGCAACAGCAACAACAGCAGCAACAACAACAGCAGCAACAAAUUUCUCCACAGCAACCUCUUCAACCUCUGCAAAUUCUACAACCUCUUCAACAACCCCAGAUACAAGUGCAACAUACACAACUUCCGGUUCAGUCAUUUCAAGCUCAGCAGUUUCAUCAACAGCAUUCUUUAAAUGCCUUCACAAAUAUGCCUCCACCUCCACCUCCAAUUGCAGCUUCAAACCAAUCUUCUCCAAAUUUAAAUCGGUUUGUUCCAUCACCUGUUUCUUCAAUGAAUAACCAGUUUCAUAAUCAACUAACUUUGGGCGGUUCUACUCCAGCAACUCCAAGUACUCCAUUCCAAAGAAAUAAUCUGGUUGUUUCUACAAGCUCUUUAUUAAAGGUUUCAACUCCGCAGACAUCUUCAAAUCGUAAACAAAAGUCUCCUUUAUCUGAUUCCACUCUAACUUUGGAUUCUAAAUCAGAAAAUCAAAGCUCCAUUUUCAAACCAAAAUCAAAAUCAAAAUCAAAAUCUAAACCUAAACCUAAAUCCAAAGUAAAGUCCAAAGUUUCUUCCACUAUUAAAUCAAAUCUUAGUUCCGAAGAAAAUCCCACAGAGUCAAAAACCGAACUUGAAAGCAAUCCAAAGGCUAAUUCUGUUAUAAAAAAAGAAAAUAAUGGUCAAUCAAUCCAUCAAAAGACUUUAUCAGAUAUUCCUGAAAAACAAGAUACCAAUGAAAAAAUACCCACUGUUCAAAAUGGUGCGGCAGGUGAUGACACAAUAGUAGAAGACGAUCAGCUUUUAAAUUCUUUUAUUAAAAUCGAUGGAAAUGAUGAAAAGAAUAAUAAUUUCGCACCUUCUAAGCAAUCUGAAAGUGAAUUAUGGAAUGGUUUUAAUAUUAAUAUGAUUAAUGGUGACAAUUUAAAUGAAAUAGGCGAUUCAAAUGGCUUGAAGGAUUCUUUUCCUCAGACUUUGGACUCUUUUCUUGGGUUGGGGGAUUUUGAUGGAGAUCAAUUUGAACCAGUGAAUUUUGUUUUCAAUAAUAAUCUUGAUAACUUUAACUUGAACAUCGAUCCAAGCUCUAUUUAUUUGUCAUCUCCUUCAAAUUUAUCAGCGUCAACAUUAACUUAUCUUACUCCAAGUUCUAAUCCGACAACUGCCGCUUCAAUUUCAAACUCUUUGAAGUACUCAACUCCUUUGAAUGUGAACCCUUCGUUAUUGAAAAACAAUUUUGGAAGUAACAGUGGAAGUAGCGAUAAUGAGGAUAAAAAGGUAGAUCAAGAAGAUGAAGUUUUACAGGAUGUAUCCAAAAAUUCUACUCCUUCAAAGGACAUUUUUGAUUUUGAAAUGGAGUUAAAUAAUGAUAACAAUUCCAACGAUAAUAACUCUAAUGAUAAUAAUUCUAAUGAUAAUAACUCUAAUGAUAAUAGUGGAGAAGAUCAUCAAUUUAACUUAGACACCAUGGAUUCUUUUAUUGAUUUUAGUAAUGCUGAUGACAUUAAUGAAGAAAAAAAAAUUAAAACCGAGGUGGAUGAAAGCGAUAGUUUUGACUCAUCUAUUAAUUCAACAAGGCUUGGAAAAGCGAUUGUUGUUAAAAAGAGAAAUGGAUCUUCUCAUAAUCACAAAAAUCUUACUAUUAAUACAAAAGAUUUAGACGAAUUGAAACCACCAAAAUUAAAUGUUGCAAAACAAAGAUCGAAAGCUGGAUCACCAAUAAAAGUUGAAAAACCUAAAUUGUAUACAUCCCAUUAUCAUUCUCAAAAAGGAGCAAGUAACCCCUUAAGCAGAGCAGUUAGCUGUGGAACUUUAACUAGAUCAACUAAUGUAAAAGUAGUUAGUGAUCACAAAAGUCCAAUAACUACAGAAUUCAAAAAUAAAAACACAUUGUCUCCUAGAAAAUUAAGAAAAUCCAAAAGUUCCUUGAAUAACAAAUCGGGAUUUAACACAUUCACCACACUAUCUCCAAAGACCAUGGGUGUUACUUCAGCGGUUAACACUAAUGGUACAAAUGGGACUGGUUUUUUUAUUUUAAGUCCAGGUCCCUUGAUAAAUUCUAAUCCCAAAAGGACUUUAUCAUUUGAUGAAUGCUCUUCUACUUUAGAUUUUACAAAAGCAUACUUAAAUGGAAGUGCUUCAAACAAUGCUCCGCAUAAAUAUGCCUUUGUAUUAGAUCCUCAGUCCAAGAUGGCCUCUAAACAACACAAAUUAUUGAAUGAGCAGAAAAGGACAAUGUCAAUGACUGCGAAAAGCACUACGACCAUAGUAGCCAACUCAGCAAUACCUUCAGCAAAUCUUCAUACAAUACCGUUAAUUUCUAAAGAUAAUUUCAAGAAUACAACAGUCGCAUCAUUAAGAGAUUUCUCUCCUCCAAAAAGAAAAAUUUUUGUAAAAAAGAAUCAAAGCACAACAUCUCUAAUGAAUGGGGACUUAUCAAGUCCCAUUUCGCUUAAUUCUCCUGCGAGAGACAGUAUUUCUGUUUUGUCUACCCCUAAAUCUUCUAUGUAUAUUGAAUCUACUAAUACCAAAAAAUAG